AUGGCGAAGGAAUUCGACGCAGAAGAAGUUGCAAAACACACUUCGACUGAAAGCUGCUGGGUCAUUCUCUACGGCAAUGUCUACGAUGUGACCGAUUUCCUGUCCGAUCAUCCUGGAGGCUCCAAGAUCAUUCUCAAACUUGCAGGCAAGGAUGCUACUGAGGAGUACGAUCCAAUUCACCCUCCUGGAACUCUCGAGGAGAACCUCAAGCCUGAAGCCAAGCUUGGACGUGUGAAUCCCGACAGUCUCGUACGGGCGAAAGGCGCCGAUCAGACUUCAGCCAAGGAUGCAGCGAAACCGGCUUCAGAGUCGGGCCCGCCGGUGCUCGAGGCCAUGCUCAACCUCGACGACAUCGAGGCAGCGGCAACUAAGCAGGUCAGCAAGAAGUGCUGGUCAUAUUACUACUCUGCCGGCGACGAUCUGUUCUCAAAGAGCUUCAACAAUGCCGUAUACCGCCAGAUCCUCCUCCGGCCGCGUGUCUUUGUCGACUGCGUGUCCUGUGACACCUCAACCACCCUGCUGGGCCACCGUGUAGGCACACCGAUCUACGUCUCUCCGGCCGCCAUGGCACGGCUGGCCCAUCCCGACGGCGAGGCCGGCAUCGCAAAAGGCAUCUCCAGCUUUGGCGCGGCGCAGUUGGUGUCCAACAAUGCCUCCAUGACGCCGGAGCAGAUCGUAGCCGAUGCCAAGGAGGGCCAGAUCUUCGGCUGGCAGCUCUAUGUCCAGAACGACCGGCGCAAGUCAGAAGCCAUGCUGGGGAGGAUCAACAAGCUACGGCAGUUCUACAAGUUCAUCGUCCUGACGCUCGACGCGCCGGUCCCUGGCAAACGCGAGCACGAUGAGCGCAUGCAAUUCGAGGGGUCGUUCACCGUCACUGCGGCCGCGAAUAGCAGCGACCUGGCGGCGAAGACGGACGGCUCCGAGGCGAAGAGCGAGAAGAAGGGCGGCGGUGUCGGCCAGCAGCUUUUCCAGGGCACGGCGGCAGACCUAACCUGGCAUACCACGCUCCCGUGGCUCAAGAAUCACACCGACUUGCCCGUGGUGCUGAAGGGCGUACAGACACACGAGGAUGCCUACCUGGCGGCCAAGUACGCAAGAGAAAACCGUGGCACGGUCCGGGCCAUCAUUCUCUCGAAUCACGGUGGACGAGCGCUGGACACGGCUCCGCCUGCGGUGCACACAUUGCUGGAGAUCCGGAAAUACUGCCCAGAGGUGUUUGACGAUAUCGAGGUCUGGGUGGACGGCGGUAUCAAACGAGGAACUGACAUCGUGAAAGCACUCUGUCUGGGCGCCAAAGCGGUUGGCGUUGGGCGGGCGGCUCUCUGGGGGCUUGGAGCUGGCGGUUGGAAGGGUGUGCAGAGGACCUUUGAGAUUCUCCAGGCCGAGACAGAGACAUGUAUGAGGCUAUUGGGAGCCAAGAAUGUGGGGGAGCUGGGGCCAAGAUUUAUCAAUAGUCGGAUGGUGGAGAGGGAUAUCUUUGAUGGAGAUGCGGGGUUGGAUAAGUCGGGACUGUGGGAAAAGGCGGCGAUUGUGAAAUCCAAGCUGUGA